UAUCAUAUGUCUUCAAAUUUUUGGUCAAGUGUUUAUGUAAUGAUUCUGCUUAUCUGGAUUUCUUACCCUUUCAUCUUUUUGAACAGUGUUCUUAUUUCAUUGUUUGGAAUUGUGUGAGAAUUUAUGUGCCAUAAUCACAUGAGAAUUCAUAUGAAAUGUUCAAAAUGGUGCUGUGUGCAAUCGAUGUGUUUGAAUGCCUUAUUUGUCAUGUGGCACUGAUCUUUUCAAACAUGUCAAAGAGUCAAUGCCAGGUUUGAUGGAAUAGCAGUGUUACAAGCCUUAACGUUAGCCAAACAGUCUAAUUGUCCCAUCUCGGGGUUCAACGCAUUUUCACCUGGUGCUUGCCCAACGGUAAAAUUUUGACCCUCAAGCCAUUGAACUGUGAAACCACGGCAGAUUUUUUAUCUUUAUUGAAGUUUUCAGUUCUCUUUUGAGAAGUUUGACUUCUUUACAGUGGACUGGUCAUGAAUUCCAGGGCAUAGCUAACAUGAGACAAGCUUUACCACUCCGAUUCCACAGUGGUAAACUCGGAGUAUAACAUUGUUGGUUGAAUAUGCCAGUUGUACUCUGUGCCAUACCGCAGCACACCAAGAGAGGAACCCAAGACUUCAAAUUCCAUAAAGGUGUGGUGCCUUAGGUGUAACUGCUGACGUGUGAUCAGGCUUCCAGAAAGAUGGCAUCCAAGGGUUCAAGUGAUAAUGUGGCCAUGUCCUCCGACAGCCAUGAGGAAAAAGAGGUGAAAAAGCGACGCUUCCGUCCGCUAAAGGCCGUUAGGAGAUUAUUUACGAUGAGACGGAAAAGUAAGACAUUUAGCAGCGAGGAUUCAGGUGUGAAUCUGGCCUCAUCCUCAUCAAGGUCGACCUCUAGGGACAAGGACUUGGCCACAGGGAGGCAUGCCAAACCUCUGAGUAAAUCUUUCAGUAUGUCUGCUGAUAGUGUGUUCACUGCUGACCAGAGUCGACGCGAUUCUCAGGGCCUUCACGAAACAGCUACAUCCAUCCCAGAUCUUCACAUUCACCACUCCAAAUCAAAAACGAUGAGUCGUGACAGUGAGCUCAGCCUGUACAGCAUGGACAGCUCGGAGCUUGAGGAGGAAUUCUUCUCGUCUAGUCCGACAAGCGGCAGCUUCUUUCGGUCUGCCUCUUCAUUGGACUCAAGUAUGGAGCUUGAUCUCGAUGCGGUCAGUCCAUCGGAAUCCUUGGAUCUGAGUGCAGCGAAACACAAGGCGGCCAUGCGCCCCAGACAACGACGAAAACCUUCUAAACAUUCACAAUCAAUGAAAUCACCGAAAUCUCCACCGGCAAAUCUAACAAGUGUUAGCGAGGAGUCGCCGUCUAAAAUGUCGUUCUCGGGUUCACGGCGAGAAUCGGAGGAAACGAAAGAAAAGAUUGAAUCACAUCGAGCUAGCUCAUUAGAAAUUCUCCCAUCAAAGGAGGUGAGAAAGGAGGACACGGAAGUUGAGGCUAUAAAUAGGAAUAUGGAAACAAAAGUGAUAAUGCGCCAAAAACGUAUCGGUUCCUCCUCGCCGAUCGAGAAAGAUAAAGAACAUCAGUCGUUGUUGUUAGAAAUGAAACGUAAAUCGUUUAACAAGAGUUUAGAAAGUGUCACAGCGGAUAAGGAACUAAAACCAAGGACACCUAGCCCCGAGCAGGUAUCGGAAUUCUCCAAAGCAUUUGAUAAGGUUAAACGACGAUCUGUGUUCACUGACGAUAAGACUCAAGAAUCUUUGGACGGCUCAACGAAUAAGGGUGGUGCUUCAGUUGAUGAGAAGAGAGAAACCAAAGUGGAGCCAAAAUCUCCGGGCGGGAAAAUCAGUGCCGUUAACAUUUCUAUGUUUGAGAAACCUGGCAAUACAAGUUCACCCGAAGCCAAGACUAAGAAGGAUGAUGUUAAGAAACGCGAGGACAGUCCGACGAAAGGUUCACAGCCAUGGCGGAGCAAGACUGCACCAGUUGACCCUGUGGCUUUCAAGGUCGCGCAGAGUAAAAGCUCUGAUGCGCUGAGCAUAGAUAAACAGCCGCUAAAACGUGUUUCAUCACACGAUGUGUCAAAGGAGCUGAAGCAAUCGAGUGUCAAAGUGGAGACGAAGCGGUUUUCUGUGAUCGAAACCAGUUCUGGCGGCGCCGAGCCGGCGUGGAUUUCAAUGGCACGUAAAAAGCAGAAGGACCCUGAAAAAGAGGAGCCAGUGACUUUGUCACUAUCCUCGUCACCUCCUAUAUCACCUGUGCCUAAAUCGUCACCGAUGACUGAGACUACAUCGGAUAAUUCUGGGGAGUCUGAUGUUCCUGCGUGGAAGGCGCAGCUCAAGAAGAAUAAAGAAGAUGCGGCGAAGGCUAAGGAGAAGGAUGAGGCUAAGACAGAAAGCGUACCACCUUGGAAACGACAACAACAUAAGUCUCCAGAGAGAAAAGUCUCGACUGAGAAAUCUGCCAUUAAAAAGGAUGAUCGGAAGGAUGAUGCUAAGACGGAAAAUGUUGCACCCUGGAAACGACAACAGCAUAAGUCUCCGGAAAGAAAGAUCUCAACCGAGAAAACUGCCAUUAAAAAGGAUGAUCAAAAUGUGCCGGGGUGGAAACGGCAGUCGAAGGUGCAAGAAAAGGCAGUGCCAUCUGGUGACAGCAAUAAGACUCAGACGACCUCACAGUCGAGUAUUGUCAAACGAUUCUCAAAGAAUUUUGAGGAGGACCCUUUGAAAAAGACUGAGAUCAUCGACAUCAAAUCUCAGAAGCGACAGGAUAAGCUGUCGUCUGCCCCCGAGGCUGUCGCCCCGGAAACCUGUAGCUCGGCAACCAAGAAACAACCUCAGAAGGUGCUCGAUAUGGUAAAGAACUUUCAGAAUAUGCAAGUGAGUUGAUGAGAUGGCGGGAACGACAUCAAGUGGAGUGACAGCUAUAGAGAGGGAAAAGCUCCAUCUAGGGAGACUUUUGGAAUCGAUCAAGCUCCAUCACCUGUGUUCAGUAAAGAGUACUUUAGGCUGGUCUGCCAUCGGGUGACAGACUGUUGAACAAAACAGCCAUUGCACAUGGCUAUUCUAUGUAGGGUCUUCUGUUGGAUUGGUAUUGCCAAACUAGACCUAUAUAUUGAUAUAUUUGAUUACUAAAUGACGUCAUUCUGACAUUAUGCAUAAUUUAUUUCGUGUGAACACCACGUUGACAGAACAAUUUCAGCGUCGUGCGAUUGUUGCCAUAUUCACUUGGAUAAUCUAUGCCAAUCCUAGUACAGUAGAACCUCUCUAAUGAGGACACCCCCAGGACUGACAAGUGUUGUCCUUAAUAGAGAGAUGGCCUGAUUAGAGAGGUCAAAUUGAGUGAAAGCAACCAAUCUUGGACCAAAACUAGUGUCCUUAAUAGAGAGGUUGUCCUUAAUAGAGACUUGUCCUUAAUAGAGACUCGUCCACUAUAAGGGAGACUCUACUGUACCCGCUCAUGAAUGACUUCCUGUCCUCCAGUACGAAUGAAAAGACAUGCAACAGAACAUGGUUUAUAGUUAGUUAUUUAGAUUCAUCGAUUUGAACAUCACUUUGUACAGACAAAUUCAUAUUGUAAAUACUGUUAACUUUGUAGAUAAAAUAUUGGCCAGUACCUCCAUCACUUGAGUUUGCAGUAGAGUUUGUAUAUUUUGGGUGUAAACUCCACAAAUGUAUCUGAGAUGAUGUAGCAUCAUUUUGCACCAGAACUGUAGGGGGAGAGGGGAGGCAAAGAGUUGUUUUGCCCCUCCUUCCCAGGAGUCUUUAUGGCCCCAAGACCGAAAAGUAAUCUUCGGCCCUGCACUUCAAUAUCAUGUAGUGCAUUGAAAUUGGUGAAAUGUCAAAUUCUUUUGGUCAAAGUAAUCAUGUGUCACUAAAAUAUGGAAUCUGGGCAUUAAUGUCUUUCAACUUCAAGUAACUUGUAGAUGUCAUGUCUUUGUACAUAAAAUGUCAAUACCUGUAACAGACAUUGCAAGACUGUAUAGUGUUAAACCUGAACCCUGUGUGCACAAGUGUUGGUUAACAACAUGUUUUCACAGGCAUGGUUGAUACUGACUUAGAGUCCAAGGGACUUGUUCAGUUUCCAUUGGCUGAGAAACUUUAAGUUUCUCCCACCUCCCCUUAGACUCAUCUCUCUGCAGCUUGCAGUGUAAAUAGGCCCCCUGGUGGCCAAGUCGAGAAUCAGAUGCAUGCGGGUCUUGCAAAACGGACGGCCUGGUUCAUAACUCUUAAAUGGGUACACCGUUCGUAAUUACUUGUGGUCCAGUUGAAUAGAAAUCCACUAAUACACAAUGCCGUAGUGCAGUUAUUAUGAAUACGAAUUUGUUGAAACUUAUUUGUCUAUAUUUCUACCGAAAGGCAAUGCUGAAACUUAUAUCUAUAGUAUGUAGUAAUACGCAAUUGAAAAAUUUUCAAAUUCAAUCACAAAUUCAAAAUUUUUAACGAACGGCGUAGGCCUUUAAGAAUGGAAAAAUGUGAUGUCUGACAAUCUCUGAUGGUCAAAUUUUUUAGGGUAUCUUUUGGAACAUAUUUUUUGGCUCUUUAAAUGUCCAACCGCCCUACUAUUAACAAGUGCCUUCUACUUGAACAUAUUGUGUCAAAAAGAUUUUACAGAAAGAAAUUUGUCAGUGCUAUGUGUAAAGUAAAUUUUGGUUGUCGGCAGACAAGGUUUUGAACAUGAACUGGAGUCCCCUUUUUUGAUGAGCCGUUUAAUUUUCAUCAUUUUUAAGUCAUUCCCCUAAACUGGACGUGUUUUUAGAAAUGUGAACUUUGACAAUGUUUUAGGGAGAUUAGGCAGAUAUGAUGAUGACUCAAAGUUGAGUUUAAUGAAUUGAUACCGAACUGGAGGUGUUGAUUUUCUCACCAAAACCGUGAGGGUGGAGCUAAAAUGUAGACCAACAUUUAGCUCAACCCAGGCGGAACAUUUAGUUCCACCCAAGCAGUUGUGUUGAGACAAUCAAUACCGACAGUGAGGCAUCAAUUUCUAUUCUAAAACAUCUCAAAUUAGAUAAUGAAUAAUGUGGUUUUAAAUGCUUUUUGACUGCUUCCAUAUUUUGCACCAACCCAAGCAGUUAUGGUUACCAUAAUUGCUAAAUUCAAAAUGAGGCACUGUAGACGCAUAGUGCAUUUACACUGUAAACUGCAGUUCAUUGUAAACCUAGGUGUUUUAGAAUGUAGACCCUAACGUGUCUGUCAAGAAAUAGAUUGCAGUGUCUUCAUACCUGUACUUAAUAAUGACAUCAUGCUAAUUAAUUUCAAGUGGAAUGCCACUUGGCAGCGAGUUAAGCACCUGAAAAAGAUACUUCUGUUGCAGGGACCUGCGAUAAUUAUUUGAGAUUUUUGUCUCAUACGAUAACUGUCAUAAGUUGCGGGAACAAAAACAUGUUGUUUGUAGGGCGCUUUACUCUUUAUUGUGAGAAGGGUUGUUAGCAAACGGGUCAAUGAUUUUCGUAACUCGCCAUUCGCUCGGGAAAAUUUGAAAAAUCAUUUAGAACCACAAAGUUGUAAUUUCUUGAUGACUUGGCUUUCAGUUAUGGAGGUUUGUCCGCUUUAUAGAAGAGGGUAGGGACAAGUAGGAGCAGGAAGGGGUAGUGACAAGUUUAUACCGGUACUUUCGAUGAGAAUGGGAUAAAGGAAUUAAGAAAUACAGAAACCAUUGAAUAUUAUUUAUUGGGGACUAAUUUCCACUGCCUGACUCAUAUUUUGCGUUGCAGCCCUUCGAAAAUAAUCUAUGCACAUUUAAGGUAAAAUAUAGGACUCUAGUAUGAAUAAAUUGAUGUUCAUAGCUGUAUAGGACCGAGUAUUAUCACACAUGAGUAAUUUUAAGCCGCACAUUUUAUGGUGUCAUUUAUUUUUAUGAAAAAAACCUGUACAUAGCUCUUUUGAGAAGACCAAAAGUAAUAGAAUUGUCAAAUUUUUAGAGCUGGCUAGAAGUUUUAUUUAUCAUUAUCAUUGCAGUCAUUUUUGGAGGGAAGUGAUGUGAUGAAAUUAUUGGUAUCAGUUGAUUAACCCUGUUCUAAAGAGUUAAAGAAGGAAUGUCUCAAGAUGUGCCAAGCCAGCACAAGUUAGGUCUGGAGGAUGAGAUCAGAAAAUGUACACAAAAGUUCUACAAAGUGUCUGUAGACAUUUUCAGAUGUGUAUCUCUAGUACUAGUAUACUCUAGUAAUUCCUGGCUCUUCACAACAAGUUAUUAUCUCAAUAUGAGAUAAAUUAUGAGGGUCAAUCGAUUGAGACUAAAUGUUGUGGUCAUUUGGCAGGUAAAAGAUCCCUUAUAGGUGGACCUAUAGUUGACUUCAUACCUCCGCCAAAAAUCCAGUAGGGUUAGGCUGCUGGUAAUGAUGACGAUGAUGAUGAAUGCUGUUUUGCAUUAUCUCAAGUCAAUCCAACUUUAAGCUAUUUUGUGAUGCCACUUAAACUGGGCUCGCCCUUGCAAGAGAACCUUCUUGCUAUUUGGAAUGACAUGUAUUAUCAGUAUGUACAUGUAGUUGUAUAAUUAUAUCACUUCCUUGCUUUAAUUAGAGAUUUCAUUCAAAGGGGUAGGUGGUAGCAGUAUAUUUGGGUUGUAGUUUUGCAAAAUCCAUAUAUCACAGUUCUGUAUGGAUGAUUAAACAUUAGAAUUCACCGUUUGUCACCAACUAGCAUCAAGUUUACAUUUAAUCCAUACUUGCUAGUACAGAAGUAGUGGAACUUGGUUAUAUACUUUUGCAAAAUCUUCCGAAAUAACUGACUUUGAUCCAACACCCCUGUUAACUUUGUGUUUCGUAGGUCUUAGACGUACUCAAUAUAUUAACAUGUAGUGUACAUAUAAUUUGGUGCUGACAGUACAGUGUACUGUAUUAUUAUGAUUUUAUCAUUGUGCAUAUUCUAUUAAUAGAUUUUUAUGUUUAUUCGUUGUAAAAUUACAUUUUUGAACUUGAUGAGUACUCAACUUCACAAGUCCCUUUUGCAAAAUGCAAAAGAAGGGUUCGCCAACAAAUACAGUUUAUGGACCGUGCACCAGCGCGCUGUACAGAUACUCAUCUAUUACUAGUGCAGUUUUAGUUGGUUAUAUUUUUGUUUUCCUUCCUGGCAAGUAUUAUAAAGGUACACCAGAACCAGAAUCUUGGUAGAAGACCAUCUAAAUGCAAGUAAUCACAACACUAACCCUGCAUCAAUAUCACUCUCACUAAUUCCAAUGACAUUGGCAUUGAAAUUAUAAUUCCAAUUCCAUUAGCAUUGAGAUUUGUAAUUCCAAUUCCAUUAGCAUUGAGAAUUAUAAUUCCAAUGACAUUGGCACUGAAAUUAUAAUUCCAAUUCCAUUAGCAUUGAGAAUUAUAAUUCCAACUACAUUAGCAUUGAGAAUUAUCAUUCGAAUUACAUUAGCACUGAGAAUUAUAAUUCUAGUGACGUUGAAAUUUACAUUACAAUGACAUUAACAUUGACAUUAUAAUUUCAAUGACAUUUUGGCAUUGAGGAUUAUAAUUUCAGUGACAUUGAAAUGUACAUUAUAUUGCAUUGACAUUUAUAAUUUACGCCAAUGGAAAUUAUAAUUUGCUUAAAACCACAAAAAUCAGACUAAAGAGUAAGAAAGCUUCUGAUGAAAUUUGUAAUUCGUUUUCUGGAUGUAUUUUGAAAUAAGGGGUAAUGGUGAAAAUAUUAACCUUCAUGAUACUGUUGUACAUGGAAAUGUUGGUUUUCUUUAAAACACUCUAAAGAGAAGGGGUCAAGAAACAUAGCUUUGUUGAGGUAAUUCCUCUGAUAGAAUGGCAUGUGACCUAAGCCUCACUCUCACUGAAAAUGGGCUGAAUUUGGUGAUUCCUUGUCUUUAUCAUGUGACGUAACUGUUAUGUACAACAAUAUUUUAGUGCUAGCCAAAAAAUGUUGAUAUGUUACUUUGAAUAUAGUAUACAUGUACCCGGUAUAUGUAAAAUAAAUUAUGUUGUUUAUCA